AUGAGUGUCCAAUUUAUAAGAAUCUAUUUGUUUUUACUCUUUUCGCUUGCACUACAAUGUCAAGCUCGCCCAGCACGAAAUGGAAACAUCCGUGAGAUUUCAAGCAUUGAAGACGUACUCUUUUCAAUUGACCCGUUCCUACUACAAUCAUCAGAGAACUUUCAACUCGAUUUCAGACUAUCUCUCGAUGUGGAACGCAUUCGACUCGACCUGCGACCAACUAAGAGUGUUAAUCCUUUUGGACAAGCCUUGCACCUUGAGACGGAUGGAGCAGAUGAGGUCCUUGAGAGUUGGAGGAGGUCUAUGCUUGAAUCAGACACGGAUAUCCUCCUCUUCGAAGGCGACGCUCUUCUCAACCAUAGGUCCUAUGGCUGGCAGAAAGUCGGCCGAGCACGAAUCGCGAUCAGGCGCCCACAACCUUACCUAUUCGAAGGGUUCUUUACCUUGAAUGGCAAUUGCUACCAUGUCUCCCUGAGUGACGAAUAUCUCAGAAAACGAGAUCAAAAGCAUCCCUCGCCGCCUACAUCAGGUGCGACGCAUAUGGUCGUUUGGAGAUGA